UCUGAAUCCAAUCCCAAUUCCAGACCCAAUCCUGAUCCAAUCCCGAAUCCAAUCCCGAAUCCAUUCCCAAAUCCAGUCCUGGAGCCAAUUCCGGACCCAAUCCCGGACCCAAUCCCGAAUCCAAUUCUGAAUCCGGUCCUGGAGCCAAUUCCGGACCCAAUCCUGAUCCAAUCCCGAAUCCAAUCCCGAAUCCAACCCAGAAUCCGGUCCUGGAACCAAUUCCGAAUCCAGUCCCGGAUCCAGUCCCAAAUACAGUUCUGGAGCCAAUUCCGGACCCAAUCCCGAUCCAAUCCCAAAUCCAAUCCGGAAUCCAAUCCAGAAUCCGGUUCUGGAGCCGGUCCUGGAGCCAAUUCCAGAUCCGGUCCUGGAUCCAAUUCCAGAUCCGGUCCUGGAUCCAGUCCCGGAUCCAAUCCUGAAUCCGGUCCUGGAUCCAAUUCCAGACUCAGUCCUGGUUCCAAUCCCGAAUCCUAUUCUGGAUCCGGUCCCGGAUCCAAUCCUGAAUCCGGUCCUGGAGCCAGUCCCGAAUCCAAUCCCAGAUCCAGUCCUAAAUCCAGUCCUAAGUCCAGUCCUGGAGCCAAUUCCAGACCCAAUUCCAAAUCCAGUCCUGGAUCCAAUCCUGGGGCCAAUCCCGGAUCCAGUCCUGGAUCCAGCCCCAGACCCAAUCCCGGAUCCAGUCCCAGACCAAAUCCUGGAGCCAAUUCUGGAGCCAAUCCCGAAUCCGGUCCCAAAUCCAGUCCCAGAUCCAGUCCCAGGCCAAAUCCUGGAUCGAAUUCCAGACCCAAUCCCAGAUCCAAACCCAAAUCCAAGCCCAAUCCUAAAUCCAAUUCCCAAUUCAACCUCAAACCCAAUCCUCAAUCCCAUCCCAACCCCAGCCCCUAUCCCAAUGCCAAUUCCGACCCCAAUCCCAGCCCCAAUCCCAAAUCGCCGCUCUGGUCCGGGCCGGCGGCUCCGAGGUCGUGCGGGACGUUGGGAAUUCCGGAGGUUGGGAAUUGA